UAUGGAUAGGAAAAGUAUUAGAGAUGUGGUGGUUCUGUGGUUUUGGUUUCUGUCCUUAGCAACUACCACCAUCCAGUUUAGUUUGAGUGAGGGAACUUCAGAUGUCAUCUGCAGUGCAAGAGAAAGAAGAGCACUCCACAGAUUCAAACAAGGCCUUGUGGAUCAGGGAAACUACCUCUCGUCUUGGACCGGUGAAGCCUGCUGUUCAUGGAAAGGCAUUGGCUGUGACAACAUAACUAGGCAUGUUGUCAAGAUCAACCUCAGUCGCAAUCCAAUGGACGGAGCUUCCUUGGGUGGGGAAAUCAGUACUUUGUUGGACCUGAAGCAUCUUCAGUACCUGGACCUCAGCUGGAACAGCUUCGAAGGACUUCAGAUUCCAGAAUUCCUUGGUUCCCUGACAGGUUUAAGGUAUCUUAAUCUCUCCAAUGCAGGUUUUACCGGUGAUGUUCCUCGUCAACUUGGAAACCUAUUGAGCUUGCAGUAUCUUGAUAUUGGAGGUAAUUCUCUGAAUAUUGAGAAUCUUGACUGGAUUUCUCCUCUUUCCGUCCUAGAAGUUCUUGACAUGAGCUGGGUGGACCUAAGCAAAGCGUCUAAUUGGCUACAAGGGAUGAAUAUGCUCCAUUCUUUGUCAGUUCUAAUCUUGUCUGAUUGUGGGCUCAGUAGCAUCAAUCCUCUUCCAGCCGUGAAUUUUUCGUCUCUCACUGUCCUUGACCUCUCAGAGAAUCAAUUUGUUUCUCCAACAUUGGACUGGUUCUCUAGCCUUGGAUCACUUGUUUCACUUGAUCUAAGUUCCAAUUACUUUCAUGGACCAAUUCCAACUUCUCUUUGCAAUUUAACUGCUCUAAGAUCCCUUCAUCUUUUCAAUAACAGCUUCACUUCUACUAUACCUGAUUGCUUGAGUCACCUAACUAGCCUUGAAAGUAUCGACUUUUCAAACAACAAUUUUCAUGGAAUCCUUCCAGUUUCCAUCGGAAACCUUACUUCAAUUGUAGCUCUAGACCUGUCGAACAAUGCCUUUGAAGGGGAAAUCCCAAGAUCCUUGGGAGAACUUUGCAAUCUACAAAGGCUAGAUUUGUCAUCCAAUAAACUUGUCAAAGGUUUAGAGUUUCUAGACCUUGGAGCAGACGAACUUUCAGUUCAUUUUUUGAAAUGCUUAUCAGUUCUUUCUGUUGGGAAUAGUUCAUCUUCUGGACCAACUUCAGUAUCUGCAAGAGGCUUGUCAUCCUUGAGUUACUUAGAUAUUUCCGGGAAUUCUCUGAACGGUGUGGUGUCUGAAAAGCACUUCGCUAAUUUGACAAGGUUGAAAUAUUUAUAUGCAUCUUCAAAGUCAAAGUCGUUUACAUUGCAAGUGGGUUCUGACUGGAAUCCUCCAUUCCAACUGGAAAUUUUGGAAAUGAGAUAUUGGCAGUUGGGGCCUCUAUUUCCUGCAUGGCUGCAAACACAAAAGGAUUUGAUGGGUCUAGACAUAUCCAGAGCAGGAAUCAAAGAUGCCAUCCCAUCUUGGUUCUGGAGUCUCAAUCUUGACUACAUAAAUGUAGCCUACAACCGGAUGUAUGGCACUGUUCCAAGCUUACCAGCUGCAUAUCAGAUCCAUCUUGGUUCAAACAAAUUCACUGGCCCACUGCCUCGUAUCUCUUCCAAGACAUUUUCAUUAGAUCUUUCCCAUAACUCCUUUAAUGGAUCCCUUUCACCCAUCUUGUGUCAGCAGAACAAUGAAGAGAACACUUUGAGCUCUUUAGACCUCUCCGGAAACAUUCUAUCAGGAGAACUUCCUGACUGUUGGGCGUCCUGGACACUGCUUACGGUGUUGAGAUUACGGAAUAAUAAUCUGACUGGACAUCUACCGAGCUCGAUGGGUUCCCUACUUUGGCUAAGAUCAUUGCACAUGCCCAACAACAGUCUCUCUGGUACUUUACCGCCUUCCAUGCAAGGUUGCGAAAGUUUGACAGUUGUAGACCUCAGUGAGAAUGAAUUCUCUGGAAGCAUACCGAUGUGGGUGGGGAAGAAUCUGUCCAGUCUUAUGGUUCUUGCCCUGCGAUCAAAUAAAUUUACUGGGAGUAUUCCUAUGGAAUUCUGUCUCCUCAAGUCGCUUCAAGUCUUAGACCUUGCAAACAACAGCCUUUCAGGGACCAUUCCAGGAUGUUUUGGCAAUUUCAGUGUCAUGGCCAGCCAAGUGCAACCAAGGGGGCCAUUUCUUUCUUACAAUAAUUCUGCGAUAGGGUUCACGGACACAGCAUCACUGGUUGUAAAGAGAACAGAAUAUGAGUACAGUGGCUCCCUUCCCCUUCUAACUGGAAUAGACCUCUCAUGCAACAACUUAACGGGUGAGAUACCGAAAGAACUGACCAGUCUCCAAGGUUUGAUGUUCUUGAACCUGUCUGUAAAUCAUCUUGAAGGACAGCUUCCUAUGGAGAUCGGCGCCAUGACAUCGUUGGAGUCCCUUGAUCUCUCUAGGAACAAACUUUCGGGUGUUAUUCCACAAAGCCUUGCAGGCAUAUCAUUCUUGAGCUAUUUAAAUGUGUCGUACAACAACUUCUCAGGCAGAAUUCCAUCAGGCACUCAAAUCCAAAGCUUUAAUGUGAGCUGUUUUAUUGGUAAUCUUGAGCUCUGUGGGCCCCCUCUUACAGAAACUUGUGUUGGAGAUGAUCUCCCAAAGGUUCCAAUACCAGGGCCUGCUGAUGAAGAGGACGAUGAUGAUUGGAUCGAAAUGAAGUGGUUCUAUAUGAGCAUGCCACUGGGAUUUGUGAUUGGGUUUUGGGCUGUUUUGGGUCCAUUGGCAAUCAAAAAGGCAUGGAGGGUUACCUAUUUCCAAUUCUUGGAUAGCAUGAGAUGCAAACUGUUUGGCUGUUGGUAAUUUCAACGGAAUUCUGAAGAAUAAUUUAGAGCUUGUUUGGCCCUGA